UUGCUUUUGUACUUGGGGACGAUUUGAGCGACGCACAACUUCAGGAAGUCCGUCGCAUUCAGCGCGUUUUGGUUGUGUACAUGCGCAACCCGUUGUCCGACGGCCUACUUUCAUGCUGAAAUAAACAAACAGCUUGAGAGAGCCACCAUGCAGAAAGAAACCCCCGCUAAAAAGGCUGCAGCGCCUUCUGUGUCUCAGAUCAAUGCUGAAUACGUCACACAGUUGGCAAAUAAAUAUUGGGCUCCGCAUGCAAAGAAUAAACUAGCGUUUGACCCCAAGGUGAUGGAAGAUGUCUAUGAAAAAGAGAUUCUCAAUUCCAAAUUUGCCAUCAGAAAGAUUAUGCUGCUUGAGUUCAGCCAGUAUCUUGAGAACUAUCUGUGGGUGAACUACACUCCUGAGGUGUCCAGCAAUGCCUUCCUCAUGUCCAUAUGCUGCAUCGUCAACGAGAAAUUCAGAGAGAAUGUCCCAGCUUGGGAGGUGUUCAAGAGGGAGCCCAGUCAUUUCCCAUUCUUCUUUAAAUGUAUGAUGGAAGCUGUAUUGGCAGGGGAGGAGUCUGGCCUCACUCUGAAGGAACAAACUGUGCUGCUGGUCUUCUUGGAUCACUGUUUCAACAGUCUGGAAGUAGAUUUGAUCAGAGAGCAGGUGCAGCAGCUCAUCUCUUUGCCCAUGUGGAUGUGCCUCCUUCCAUCCAGACUCCAACAAGAGCUUAAGAAAUUUCCAAAGCUGCAGAAGUUCUGGAAUCUAAUCAAGAAGAAAUGCGAGAAGAUGGAUACCGACGCAGCCGAGCAGGCAAAAAGAGAGAGGGUCUUCCUCUCAGCUCUCAUUAAAAAGUUUCUUGGAGUUCUCGUGUCAAUUCCGCCAUCAGGGCCCGUAUCCAUGGACAAAGUACAUUACUGCGAGAGAUUCAUUGAACUCAUGAUUGAUUUGGAGGCCCUGCUGCCCACCAGGCGAUGGUUCAAUACAGUGUUGGAUGACUCUCACUUGGUGGUCAGCUGCCACCUGUCCAGCCUGACCCACAGAGAGAAGGAGGGACACCUCUUCUGCCAGUUGCUGGACAUGUUGAAGUUCUACACUGGUUUUGAGAUCAAUGACCAGACUGGAAACGCGCUGACGGGCAAAGAGAUGACCACGCUGCACUAUGACAAAAUCCUCUCCUUACAGAGGGCAGCUUUUGCUCAUUUUCCAGAGUUGCAGGACUUUGCUCUGGCCAACGUAGCUGCAGUAGACACUCGGGAAUCCUUGACCAAACACUUUGGGCAUCUAAGUCCCAAUACGCUCCACCGGGUGGCCUCGUACCUGUGUCUGCUGCCAGAGCUGCCUGAAGGGCAAGACACCACUAAGGACAAGGAGGUGCUCCUUGAACUGCUGGUGUCCCGUCACGAGCGGAGAAUCUCUCAGAUUGAGCAACUCAACCAGAUGCCUCUUUAUCCAACAGAGAAGAUAAUCUGGGAUGAGAACAUUGUCCCAACAGAGUACUACUCGGGCGAAGGCUGUCUGGCACUACCUAAACUGAAUCUCCAGUUCCUAACCCUCCACGACUACCUGUUGAGGAACUUUAACCUCUUUCGUCUGGAGUCUACCUAUGAGAUCAGACAGGACAUAGAGGAUGUGGUGUGGCGUAUGAAACCUUGGCAAUCAGAGUACGGCGGAGCGGUGUUUGGGGGGUGGGCCAGGAUGGCUCAGACCAUCAGCUCCUUCUCAAUUGUAGAGGUUGCCAAGCCCAAUAUUGGUGAGAGCUGGCCUGCCCGUGUGCGAGCUGAUGUCACCGUGAACCUGAAUGUGCAAGAUCAUAUCAAGCACGAGUGGGAAGGGCUGCGGAAGCAUGAUGUUUGCUUUCUGAUCACGGUGCGGCCGAACCUGCUCUACGGCACACGCUUCGACCGGCGGCAGCCCUUUGUGGAGCAGACUGGCCUGGGGUACGUGAGAGGCUGCGAGGUGCAGGGUAUGCUGGAUGACAAGGGACGCGUCAUUGAAGAAGGACCUGACCCAAAGCCUAAGCUGAGAGGAGAUGCCAGAACAUUCCGUGUAUGGCUGGACCCAAACCAGUAUCAACAGGACAUGACCAGCAGCAUUCAGAGUGGAACCGAAGACCCAUAUGAGACUUUCAACAUCAUCAUGAGACGCAAACCCAAGGAGAACAACUUCAAGGCCGUCUUGGAGACCAUCAGAAACUUGAUGAACACGGAGUGUGUUGUCCCAGACUGGCUUCACGACAUCAUCCUGGGCUACGGUGACCCAGGGAGUGCCCACUACUCCAAAAUGCCGAAUCAGAUUUCCACAUUGGACUUCAACGACACCUUUCUGUCGCUGGACCAUUUACGUUCGUGUUUCCCCGGUUACACCAUAAAGGUCUCAGAGGAGGACCCUGAACUGCAAGUCUCCCCAUUCAGAAUCAAGUUUCCAAUCUCAAACAAAGCAGCCAAAGGGAAGAAGAAAAAGUCUGAUGAAGAAGUGGAAAACGAAAAGGAAGACCUAUCCUUGAUCGUUGAGCCCUAUGUCCCCCCCAACCGUGGGCCAUAUCCCUACAACCAGCCCAAACGGAACACCAUUCAGUUCACUCCCACUCAGAUUGAAGCCAUUCGAGCCGGGAUGCAGCCUGGACUCACGAUGGUUGUUGGACCACCAGGUACCGGAAAAACUGAUGUUGCCGUUCAGAUCAUCUCAAAUCUCUAUCACAACUUUCCUGAGCAGAGGACCCUCAUCGUCACCCAUUCGAACCAGGCUUUGAACCAGCUGUUUGAAAAGAUCAUGGCCCUGGACAUCGACGAGCGCCAUCUCCUGCGUCUCGGCCACGGAGAAGAGGAGUUGGAGACUGAGAAGGACUUCAGCAGGUAUGGGAGAGUAAACUAUGUCCUAGCAAGAAGACUUGAGCUCCUCAGAGAAGUGGGGAGGUUACAGGAGAGCUUGGACGUCCCGGGUGAUGUUUCUUACACCUGUGAGACUGCUGGACACUUCUACCUCUAUCAGGUGAUAUCUCGCUGGGAAGAGUACAUGAGCAAAGUCAGACCUAAACAGGGAAAGCAAGUGGAGGUUGAAGCUGUGGCUGCACACUUCCCCUUCCACAAGUACUUCUCCAACGCCCCCCAGCCUGUGUUCAAGGGCCGGUCGUAUGAAGAGGACAUGGACAUCGCAGAGGGCUGCUACCGCCACAUCAGGAAGAUUUUUACCCAGCUGGAGGAGUUUAGGGCCUUUGAGCUGCUCAGAAGUGGACUGGACCGCUCCAAGUAUCUGCUUGUGAAGGAAGCCAAAAUCAUCGCCAUGACCUGUACCCACGCUGCUCUCAAACGACAUGACCUGGUGGAGCUGGGAUUCAAGUAUGACAACAUCCUGAUGGAAGAAGCUGCUCAGAUUCUGGAGAUUGAGACCUUCAUCCCCCUCCUGCUACAGAACCCAGAGGACGGCUACAGCAGGCUGAAACGUUGGAUCAUGAUUGGAGACCACCACCAGUUGCCCCCUGUAAUCAAGAACAUGGCCUUCCAGAAGUACUCCAACAUGGAGCAAUCUCUCUUCACCCGGUUUGUGCGCCUUGGAGUGCCCACUAUAGAUCUGGAUGCACAGGGCCGCGCUCGUGCAAGCUUAUGUAACCUGUACAACUGGCGCUACAAACACCUGGGGAACUUGCCUCAUGUGCAGCAAAUGCCAGAGUUCCAGGUGCCCAACCCUGGCCUGACAUUCGACUUCCAACUGAUCAACGUGGAGGACUUCAAUGGGGUGGGAGAAUCUGAGCCCAACCCAUACUUCUACCAGAACCUGGCGGAGGCGGAGUAUUCUGUGGCUUUGUUCAUGUACAUGCGUCUGUUGGGCUACCCUGCCGACCGCAUUAGCAUCCUGACCACCUACAAUGGACAAAAGCACCUGAUCAGAGACGUCAUCAACCAGCGCUGUGCGGGCAACCCCUUCUUCAGCCAGCCUAACAAGGUGACGACGGUGGACAGGUUCCAGGGUCAGCAGAAUGACUACAUCAUCCUCUCGCUGGUCCGCACUAAAGCCGUGGGACACCUGAGGGAUGUGAGGCGCCUGGUGGUAGCCAUGUCACGAGCAAGACUGGGUCUCUACAUAUUUGCACGGGUUUCGUUGUUAGAAAACUGCUUCGAGUUGACCCCCGUCUUCAGCCAGCUCACCGCCAGACACAUGAAGCUGCACAUCAGGCCACACGAGUACUACAGCCAGGAGCAGCCCAGAGAUGCUUCUGGGCAGCCUGACCAAAUUAUCCAGAACAUGCCGGAGAUGACCAACCUGGUGUAUAAUAUGUACAUGCAUAUGAUCCAGACUUCACAGAAGUACAGACAGCAGCAGCAGCAAAAGCUGGCGCUGCCUCCGCAACAAGCCGAGGCCGAAGCCGAGGUCGAGAAGGAGCCGGUGAGCUCUGGGGAACAACAGGAAGAAACCCCCAUGGAGCAGGAAAACGCAGAAGGGGAGCCGAAGCCAAACGCGGAGGACACCAGCGAGAAAGAAGAGAAGCCGGCCGCAGUGGGCCACGCUAAGAUGCCGGAGCAUCCGGGCAGAGACAGCGACAGUGACGACGACGCGGAGGAAAGUGGACCGGAGCAGAAGCAGUAGAGCGUCUACAUGCGGGACUAGAAAGUGGACUUUCCCUUAAGGAAACAUUAGUGGGGAGUCAAUGAUUGUGAAUCGCUUUUCUACGGGAACAUUUGAUUUGGGGGAUAGUGUUUCAUUCAAUUUUGUAAAACAUUCAAUUUUGUUACUACCAGUACUUUUUUAUUAAAAUAAAUGCAAAUAAUUGUCUAACAUGUU